GAUAGCUAGUGGGAAGCAGCCGCAUUGCACAGGGAGAUCAGCUCAGUGCUUUGUGACCACCUAGAGGGGUUGGACAGGGAAGGUUGGAGGGAGACGCAAGAGGGAAGAGAUAUGGGAACAUACGUAUAUGUAUAACUGAUUCACUUUGUUAUAAAGCAGAAACUAACACACCAUUGUAAAGCAAUUAUACUCCAAUAAAGAUGUUUAAAAAGAAUUAAAAAAAAAAAAAAGGAGGAACCAGAGACGAGAAGUGCCGGAGCUUGGGCUUCCAAGUAAACAGCAAGCGUCGUGAUUUGAACGCUGCACGCUACUUCCACCAGGGAAGGGAGCCCCUGACACUCAGAGGAGCUUUUCCAAGAAGCCAAGCGUCCUUAGAAAAGGUAUCAGGGAGGUGAUCAGGGCUAGGGGUGCGGGUACCAGCGUGUGGGAGUGAAUAGACGUCCCGACUCCAAACGCAGAGAGCGGGACAGGGGCGACCUGCCGGGUGAUGGACCGUGGGGGGCAUGACCAGAGCUGCUGUUUCAUCUUAAAUGGAAAAUUCCCUAAAGAGCACACACAGCCAGUGAACCACGCAGAAGCCACCCAAAGGUAAGAAUAUCUGGCCGGGACCGGCGAGCUACUACCCACAAAUGGGGGACCUGGCCCGCCCCCGCGCAAAGGGAGCCAAUCAGAGCGAGCCUUGAACACAGGGGCGGGACAACAGAGGAGCGGGUCCAAUGUGGAAUCAGCCCCGGGUCGCCUCUGGGCAGAGUAUUGCAAAGUCCAAGAAGCGAGCGGAGAGGAGGCGGUGGGCUGGCCAAUCAGAGGGAGCAACUCACAGCGUUGGGCACUGGCAGCCAGUCAGAAGAGUGCUCGCAGGUGACUCGCCCGGCCCCAGCUUCCCGCCUUUCCCCUAACCUCUAAGGCUGCGCGGUGCCGCGCUUCCUGGACUGCGGUCAUCGGCCACCGCGCUAUGCUCCUCGUCCUCUCCUCACACUCCUGCUACAGAUCCCAGGUCCGUGCAGGCGUCCGGUGGGACAUGGCGAACUCGGGCGGCGAGGACCUCCGGAUCCAGGAAGGGGAGAGUUUUCUCUACUUCGCCUAUGGCAGCAACCUGCUGACGGAGCGGAUCCACCUCCGAAACCCCUCGGCCGUGUUCUGCAGCGUGGCCCGCCUGCAGGAUUUUAAGCUUGACUUUGGCAAUCCCCAAGGCAAAACUAGUGAAACUUGGCAUGGAGGUAUAGCCACCAUUUUUGAAAGUCCUGGCGAUGAAGUAUGGGGAGUAGUAUGGAAAAUGAACAAAAGCAAUUUAAGUUCUCUAGAUAAGCAAGAAGGGGUUAAAAGUGGAAUGUAUAUCCCAAUAGAAGUUAAUGUUUCUACUCAAGAAGGAAAAGAAAUAACCUGUCGAAGUUAUCAGAUGUCAAAUUAUGAGCGUGUUCCCCCAUCACCCCAGUAUAAAAAGGUGAUUUGCCUGGGUGCAAAAGAGAAUGGUUUGCCACUGGAGUAUCAAGAGAAGUUAAACUCAGUAGAACCAAAUGACUACAAAGGAAAGGUCUCAGAAGAAAUUGAAGACAUUAUCAAAAAGGGGGAAGCAAAAACUCAUUAGAACCUAAUAGAAUCCAUCUACAGAUAUUUUCUCUAUAUGCUAAUACCUUUUUAACAUUUAGAACAGGGAUCUGGGAUAUCUCUCUGUUUAAUAUAUUUUCAACAGUGUUCUGAAGGGAUAUCUCACUUGGGUGAUUCCUUGUUUUCAGGCUAUAAAAAGACCAGGAUAGGAGUUAGACCAUUGAAAAGGGGGCCUUGCAGCAUUGGAAUGCAUGACAAGUAGAUGUGAGUAUUCCUUCUGUGAACCCUUCAAGUUAUUUUAUUGAGUUGAUCUGAAGUGUAUUUUUGCUCUGUGAUAAAGGGUAGAUUUGCAACUUAAGGAUGGUGCUGGUAAAUCACUCUGCUGUGGGAUUUUUUCUUAGUCAGCUUACUAAGAGCAAGCAAACUGCAGAGACAAUUGAUUAUAACAACUUCAAAAUUUAAAAGAUGGCAUACUGUUCUUAGAGGAAUAAAUGUAUUUGUGGUUUAACCUAUAGUCCCUA